GGUUAAAUAUUCACAAUCAUAUUCAAGUGGUUCGUUCGUGCGUUUGAUUUCGAGUCCGAGAAGAUUCGGCAUUUUUUCAGUUUUAUUAGACCAGAUCUAGAGAGUCGGAUAGCCAUGGCCAAUUUACGGUUUCAGGAGCACCUUGCCCUUUGCCUUACACUAGUUGUGCUGGCUUUGGUUAGUGCCGACUACCAGGGCAACAUGUUCCUAAACGGCCAAUACCAAAACAGCAUCAAGGAUCACAAGGAAACACACCUUUCAGUAAACCCCUCGUCGAACGUGUUUCUUAGCCACGCCAUCAUUAGCAGGCAAGCGUCCCCAUUCCAAGGACCUACCUAUCUGCCACCCAAGCAAUACCUGAAGUGCGAUCCCGGCCAGCAAUGCGUUCGCCUGGGUCAGUGCCUAAACGGAUUUUUCACCAACAAGUUUCCAAGGAUACAAAACUGUGAGCCGGAAACCGAUAUCUGCUGCACAUACAAGGCGCCACCCACCACAACGACAGCUAGCCCCGUGCCGUUUGCGUCCUGUCCCCGCGACUCGGACUGUGUAGCACCGGAAAACUGUCGCAACGGUGAAAUAAGUGCCAUAAACUACGUGAAGAAGCAAGGAUCCACUCGCUGCUCUGCGCCAGAUGUCUGCUGCCGUAUGCCUUCGACCACCUUGACCGAAAAUGGAUAUAUCUUUAACCUGCCAAACAAGACCUUCCCGCUGCCGACGAACCCUACAAUUCCCGCAGUACGCACUACACCACCUGCGUACCGAACGCAGCCCACGACUAUGGUACCAGCUCCUCGGCCUACUAAUGAGUAUCUGCCACCUUCCACAACCCGCCGUUCUGAACACACGACCCGGCGACCAGUAUACCUACCGCCUCCCACCACCCAAAAGCCGCAGCCACGACCACAACCGAGUCGCAGUCCCAACAACGAGUACCUACCACCAAUUUCCGCCAACGAGAUCCCGAAGUUCGAGCCUGACCGGGUUCCGCAGCCCUCGAACGAGAAGCCGAUAUACCGUGGCGAGGAUCAGCUAUCUCCCCAGAUCUUUCCCUCAUCCCAGCCAAAUGUGCCGAAACACUUUGCCAAGUGCGCCUCCGCCCUCGUUUGCACCUCAGAGAACUUCUGCAAUGCCAUCGGAGUGCUCUCUGAGUCAGCUGUGGAGUUGACACCCUUGGAGGCAGCAUUCAGAGUACCUCUUACCGACUGCCUUCAGGACGAAAACGGCGCCCCCGGCAAGUGCUGCCGUGACCCGAACUAUGUUGACCCUUGGCCCGUAAACUUGGCAGGAGUUUGUGCGACAAGGAACAAGAGGACGAAGCCGACGGGAGUCAAGGAUCUGGACGCGAACUUUGCUGAGAUCUCCUGGCAGGCCAUGAUACUGCGCGAGUCGAGCAAGACUCUUAUUUGCGGGGGAGCCAUUAUUGGAGACGAGUUUAUUUUAACGUCCGCCAGCUGCGUAAAUGGGCUGCCGGUGACGGACAUUCGCGUUAAGGCCGGUGAGUGGGAGCUGGGCAGCACAAACGAGCCACUGCCAUUCCAGUUGACUGGCGUUAAAAGCAUCGAUGUGCACCCUGCAUACGAUCCGUCGACCAACACUCACGAUAUUGCCAUCAUUCGACUCGAGAGGCGCUUGGAGUUCGCCACCCACAUUCAGCCCAUUUGCAUUAGUGAUGAGGACCCAAAGGCUUCUGAGCAGUGCAUUACCUCCGGCUGGGGAAAGCAAGCGUUAUCAAUCCACGAAGAAGGCGCUCUGAUGCACGUGACCGACACCUCGGUGCUGGUUCGCAGCGAGUGCGGUGCCGAUACCAGUAGCGUGUGUAGUGCUACCAAGUUUGACGCUUGCCAGUUCGACGUGGGUAGCGCACUUGCCUGCGGAAGUGGAUCAAACGUGCGCCUUAAGGGAAUUUUCGCGGGUGAGAAUUCCUGCGGAGACGGGCAGGCUGUUCGCUUUGCCAAGCCGGACAUUAAGUGGAUCAACACGGCGUUUGCUGACAGGAACAAGCCACUCCUUCUCAAGCGAUUUUAAGCUGAACUCUAGCUCGGAUCAAGCCCACGAAUAAAUGCACAACAAAGAAGGGGCAUUUCAGCAGGCUGAGUAGGUUGCUUUCUUUUGCUUAGGUAGAAUUUAGACGAUGUCGUUAACAUGUAAAGCAAGAUGUAAAAAACUUAAUUAUAAGCUAUAAAUUCUACAAAUAGUUUUGAAUCAAUAGACUCAACGUAAGCCAACCACAUAUAUGUAGUGAUUAUACAUGUAAGUUGGAAAAGUGCACUUUCCAGGCAUAGGUACUAUGGCACACUUUACACCUGUCAACUGCACAUCCACAGCACUUAUGCAGCAUCUACCUAUACAUUUACUGUUAUUUAAAACUUUUCCUAUGUCGUACAUCGAAUAUAUGUUAACAUUUUUAAAAUAUUGCUUAGAAUGUUUAUGCGUAUAAAUUUAGGAUUUAACAUAUUUUUAAAUAAAGAAGAACGAUUAAGAAAUA